UAUAACCCAAAACUAAUCAGUUCUACACAGGGAAAAAGCGAAGGCUUCAGUUAUUCAUAUAAAAGACACAUUUCAAGUUGUUUGGGAUACAUUACUUCCCAAGUUGUGGUGUGCGAUAGUCUUCUGCAAAAAUCCUUCUUUAAAAACCAACCAAAAUGAGAUUGACCGCUCUGUUCGCUGUAGUGCUGGCGAUGCUCGCGCUGUUCGCCGGAAGCAGCCACGCUGAGCCCAAGAUACCAGUCAAGAAGAUCGGCAAAGCUAUUAUGAGAUUCACCGCUCUGUUCGCUGUAGUGCUGGCGAUGCUCGCGCUGUUCGCCGGAAGCAGCCACGCUGAGCCCAAGAUACCAGUCAAGAAGAUCGGCAAAGCUAUCAAAACUGGACUUGGUGUACUCGGCGCAGCAGGCACGGCGCAUGAAGUUUAUGAGAAUGUGAAGAACAGGGGAUGAAAACUGCAUAAAACCAUUAAGCUGUAAUAAAUAUUAUCUUUCCGUAGUGUUAAGCCGAAAUUAUUUAAAAAAUCAUAUAAAAGUACAUACUUAAAUUUUGAUUAG